AUGCAUAGAAAUCUUUUAUUCUGCUCUAGUUGUCGCGCUGGUUGUUGUGGUUGCGGCUAUGGCUGUGAUUGUUGUAGUCGAGGUUAUGGCCGCGGUGGUUGUGGUCGAGGUUAUGGCUGUGAUUGUAGUUGUUGUGGUCGCGGCUAUGGCUGUGGUUGUUGUAGUCGAGGUUAUGGCUGUGGUUGUUGCAGUCGAAGUUAUGGCUGCGGUUGUUGUGACUGUUGUCGUGGUUGUCGCGCGGGUUGUUGUGGUCGAGAUUAUGGCUGCGGUUGUUGUAGUGGAGGUUAUGGCUGUGGUUGUUGUGGUCGAGGUUAUGGCUGUGGUUGUUGUGACUGUUGUCGUGGUUGUCGCGCGGGUUGUUGUGGUCGAGAUUAUGGCUGCGGUUGUUGUGAUUGA